ACCCUUGGGUAGUGAGGAGCAGAGCAAAGGGUUUAAGAGCAAACGUGCCUUGUGCUGUUGAGCUCUGAACCUUCUUCAACUGAACCAUGUUUUCUUGCACUCGCACUCGCACUCUUCCUCUCAUUUCUCUCGCCUCCAAAGUGUGUGCUCCUCCACACGAAGCUCUCUACUCCACCAACAUUGUCGGCGAUAAGCCCGUUCUGGUUCGGGAUUUUAUUCAUUCUGCACUCUACCAUCCGUUACAUGGCUACUUCUCCCAAAGAUCGCGCUCCGUUGGAGUUCUUCCCAAUUCUAUUAAAUUCAAUCAACUUCAAGGCCGAAAAGCUUAUAUGAAAUACUUGGAUACUAUUUACAAGCAGAAUGACAUAUCAUGGUUUACACCAGUGGAGCUUUUUAAGCCUUGGUAUGCUCAUGCUAUUGCUGAAGCCAUCAUGCGCACUGCAAACUUCUCUGUUCCUCUAAAAAUAUAUGAAAUUGGUGGUGGAUCAGGAACUUGUGCCAAGGGUAUAAUGGAUUACAUAAUGUUGAAUGCUCCUGCAAAAGUUUAUAACAGUAUGACUUACAUCUCAGUUGAGAUUAGUCCUUCACUUGCUGAGGUGCAAAGAGAAACUGUUGGUGAAGUGCGAAGCCAUAUACCAAAGUUCAGGGUAGAAUGUCGUGAUGCUGCUGACCGGAGUGGAUGGGGGAAUGUGGAGCAACAACCAUGUUGGGUAAUAAUGCUUGAGGUACUUGAUAAUCUUCCACAUGAUCUUAUCUAUGCAGAGAAUCAAACUUCCCCAUGGAUGGAAGUCUGGGUUGAGAGGCAACAUGGCCGAGAAACAGUCAGCGAGUUAUACAAGCCGUUGCAAGACUCACUUAUUACACGUUGUGUUGAGAUAAUGGACUUGGAUAAAACCAAAACACCUCAAAGCACUGCAGUAUCUACACUGAAAAGCAUUUGGUCUAAGGUUUAUCCAAAACCGCGUAGAUGUUGGCUGCCAACUGGUUGCUUGAAAUUACUUGAGGUUCUCCAUGAGGUGCUACCAAAGAUGUCUUUGAUUGCUUCUGAUUUCAGCUACCUACCAGAUGUGAAGAUACCUGGUGAAAGAGCUCCAUUGGUUUCAACUAAAAAAGAUGGGAGCAGUUCAGAUUAUGAUAAUUAUAUGCAGGCAAAGGGUGACGCCGAUAUCUUUUUUCCUACGGACUUUUGGCUUUUGGAACAAAUGGAUCAUUAUUGUUCUGGGUGGCUGAAACCUCUCAGUGAUCAUUCAUCAAAAAAAGGAAAGAAAAGGAGAACAAUUACGCUGGAAACAUCAUCUUUCAUGGAGGAGUUUGGUUUGCCCACCAAAACGAGAACCAAGGACGGAUACAACCCACUCUUGGAUGACUUCAAGAAUACCAAAUUUUAUCUGAGUGUCCCUACACACAAUGUUAAGUAGAUAAUCGUAUUCAAUACAAGUACUUAACAUCACAAGUGUC